AUGACGAUAGUCUGCCGCUGUAUCAACAAGUGCUUGGGCAUCUGCCGCCGCAGCAGACGUCGCCGGAAUUCCCUAGACCCAUUACUCCCUUUUAAUGAACCGCCACCGAGCCCUGAUGUUGUACCUGAUGUGGCUUACCCUGCGCGCCCUGCAGCCCCAGUCCCACCACCACCCAAAGAUUCAGAGAUUAUUCGAACACCAAGGCCAGCUCGAUCCUCAAAGCCAACUCGAAUGGCAAGGCGAGGUCGAGUCUCAAACCGAGGUGGUGUCGCACGGCCGAGUCAAGGCCUGAAGCCAGCUAAGCCCAAGAGGAAGGACAAGCGUAAAGCUCAGAUGGCCACCGGUGACAGUGAAGGUAACAUCACCGAUGAGGAAUACCCCCCACUCCCACCUUCAAGAGAAGGCUCUCGCACAGGAAUCACACCUGAGAUGAGUGAUAUUGAUAUUAACGAGCCCAGGGAUAUUGACGUACCAGAUGCCGAACCUGGUGAUAAAUUACUCUCCCACCUUCGAACUCCCCCUCGAAGCCAGGCCGCGCUUCCACAAAGUGGUGAUGCAGGUCAAGGUGAUACCUCAUCCGAUGAAAUACUUGAUUCACGAUCCCGCGCUGACACUUCGCAAUCCCGGGCUAAGAUACCCACAACGCCCGUGCCUCAAGGGGAACAAGCUAGCGAGCGCCCCCCUGGCAGCAGGAAGCGGGGGCACGUCGAGGAUAUUGCACAGGAAGGUCAGGAAUGGAGCCCAGCUUCUACAUCUCAAGAUACUCCCUCCCCUGCUAAGCGUAUACGUAUCGAUGAGGCGAGCUUGAAGACUCCAGCACCAGUACCUGCGGGACCACGACUAUCUCCUCCAAGGCUCAACCCUUCUCCUCCUCCUGCUACCAGUUCUAGUGGCUCCGGCUAUGACAUGGACGACUACUUGUGGCCAAAGCCUACUGAAGAGGAACUGGCCACAUACCGAAGAAAGGGAGCUCAACUAGUAGCUUGGUUAGAAGACCCAAACGAACCAAACUGCAAUAUUUCCCAGGCAACCAUUACCAUAGAUGACCUGUUGAACAACAUCCCGGAAGAAGAUCGUUUCCGAGUUGGACAAAGUUAUUUCCAAAAUAUCGGCGACCUUUUGGAGGGCGGCGAACCUGAAUCCAUGGGACUUACUACCGAAGAUAAUAGGUACCGCUUUACAUCACUUUCAAGCAAAGUCAAAGACCCAGCGAUCCUACAGCGCUUUGGAGUUGAAAGAAUGAGUAAUAGCUUCGCACACAUCAUCGGACCGGGCAUAAUUUUCGCUACUUCUAUUUUUAGGCACGAUUGCGUUCAGUGGAAUGAAAUCGCCAGGGCUCUGUAUGUGAUGGACCAUCCCAUUACCACUUUGAGGCAUAUUAUAUAUAGCACCGUCAUCAAUGAAGAGACUGCACCAUAUAUCAGGCGGAUAGCCUAUCCCAGAUAUGACCUCAGUUUCGAUGCUGCGACAUCCGAGCCAUGCCUCAUAAUCGAACGUGGCACUCAGGUACGAUCCGUAUCGCUCGAGCAGCCGUUUGGAAUUGCUGCCAUAGAUUAG